AUACCCAUGCUUCUUCAAUCACGAUCCAUUGCCAGCUGCAACAGACCCAACUCCAAAUUGAAAAUCGAUAAUUGCAUAAAAAUAGAUAAAAAAAAAUGGCCUUUUUCUUUUUACAAUAUACAAAACUAGGUCCGAGUCAAACGAAUACAAACGGAACUCAGCGCGAGUCAGAGACCCAGUCGGCGCUAAGACCCUCGUCCGUGUUUCCCGUGUUUCCCGUGCUGGUGGUGUACAUCCAUAGUACCAAGAGGUCCGCCGAGCCGCCCAUGGAGGAACCCAAGCCCCCUCCGCCGGCGCCGCCGCCGCACUCUGAGAGCAGGAAGAGGAAAGCUCUUGAUGCCGGGGACUUCCAACACUCCGGCUACUUCAAGAUCCGUACCAUCGUCAAGGAACUCCGCCCCUUCUUCAUCCAGCUAUUUGAGGCCACUGAUUUCCGAAAUUGCGAAGCAGCUUGUGAGAUUCGAAGAAGAAUGAAGGUUAUGAUAGAAUUGACGAAGCAAUUGAGGACCGAUACACCAUCUCCUCCGAAUCCUAAAAAACAAGAACAGACUUUCACUGGAGUUAAAACUGAACAUUACUUGGGUGAGCUGCAAGAGGAACAAAAAAAUGUGCAGGUUCCAAAAGAAUCUGAAUUCAAUCCUCAUGCAAAUAUUUCGGAUGAGAUCAAGAAGUCAAAUGAGUCGGGGAAAGAGCAAGAUGGACUUCAAGGAACAUUUGUUGUUGGAGGAUCCCCCAUUGGAUGGAACUUUGUCGUCUUCCCAGGCAGUGUGCCUGUCUAUUAUGGCAGAACAAAAGCAUCAGCAAUUGCACACCGAGCAGCAAAACAAUCUGCCAACGAAUCAGAAGAAAAGGCGUAGGCCUUUGCGUCAUCUUGAUAGUAUUAGUAACUCUUUUCUCGGUCGACAUUGGCCCUGUCUUGCUAUAUCUAAAACUAUUUUGUGUCAAGAAAGUGACUUCAUUUCUAGAAAUGACCAAAGUUUUUCAGAUUCGAA